GCCAAGCAUCAGCGGAGUCAACCGAGUCAACAGGGCCCGCACAUCAUGGAUUCGGACCGACGAUCCGGCCGAUCGGGGCCGUCAGAUGCAUACACAGCGAGCGGUCGAGAUGACGACGAUCAGAUGGACGAAUUCGACCGGGAUUCCGCAGGGCGGGAGGCGGAGGAGGCGGAGGUGGAUCCGAUGCUGUUCGAGAACGGCAGCGAGGGGGGCGACGGGGGAGGAGUGGCGGGGGGAGCGGGGGAGGAGGAGGAGGAGGAGGGCGAGGACCUGCUGAGAGAUGACUUCAUGGACGACUACCGCCCCAUGCCCCACUUGGACGAGUAUGAGAGGGCGCACCUGGCUGACAGCGACGGCGACACCAGGAGCAGCGGGCAGCGGGCGGUAGACAGGCGGGCGGCGGAGAGAGAGAUGGCGCGCAGGGACGCUGGGAGGAGAGCUGGGGGGGGCGAGGGGGGAAACGACCGCCUGCCAUCGAUUCUGAGAGACCAAGACGACGACGACAGCGGCCUCUUCACUCGCAGGGGGCAGCGCAGACGACGCACCGACUCUGCUGAUGCUGCUGUGGGGGGGAGCUUUGCUACGGAGGGCACAGGGGGGGGAGAGGAGGACGAGGGGGAGGAGGAGGAAGAUAUCAACGAUGACUCGCUCUACAACAUGCAGGGCAGUCUGAGGGAGUGGGUGUCCCGUGACGAGGUACGGCGCUUCAUGGCGCGCAAGUUCCGGCACUUCCUGCAGACGUUCAAAGACAGCCGCGGGCGGCACCGGGGGGAUAGCGACGCUGACUACGCCAUCCGCAUUCGAGAGCUGGUGGAGAUGAACAGCUGUUCAUUGGAGCUGGACUACUCACACCUCCUCACCACCCACCCCAUCCUCGCUGUCUGGCUCGCCGAUGCACCCAAACAGGUGCUGGAGGUGCUAGAUGAGGUGGCGCAAGCAGAGGUGUUCCGCGCGUUCCCCAUGUACGAGCAGGUGCAUGAGCGCAUCUACGUGCGCGUGGCAGGGCUGCCGGUCAUUGACCAGAUCCGAGACAUCAGGCAAACGCAUCUCAACUGCCUCAUUCGAGUGGGGGGCGUCGUCACUCGCAGAACCGGAGUAUUCCCUCAGCUGCAGCAGGUGAAGUACAACUGCGUCAAGUGCGGAGCCAUCCUCGGCCCCUUCUUCCAGACGUCCUCCUCCGAGAUUCGGAUCCGCACAUGCGCCGAGUGCCAGUCCAAGGGGCCGUUCCAAGUGAAUGUGGAGCAGACCAUCUACCGCAACUACCAGAAGAUGACCUUGCAGGAGAGCCCGGGCAGUGUGCCAGCGGGUAGGCUGCCGCGCUACAAGGAGGUCGUGCUGCUCAACGACUUGAUCGACUGCGCACGGCCAGGCGAAGAGAUUGAAGUAACAGGCAUCUACGUGAACAACUUCGAUGCGGCGCUCAACACGCGGCAGGGCUUCCCGGUGUUCUCCACGGUGAUCGAGGCGAACCACGUCAGCAAGCGGCAGGACGCGUUUGCGGCGUACCGGCUGACAGACGAAGACAAGGAGGAGAUCGUGAAGCUGUCCAGGGACCCAAGAAUCGCUGCGAGGAUCAUCAAGUCCAUCGCGCCGUCCAUCUACGGCCAUGAGAACGUGAAGACGUCGCUGGCUCUGGCCAUGUUUGGGGGGCAGGAGAAGAAUGCGGGCGGCAAGCACAGGCUGCGGGGCGACAUCAACGCGCUGCUGCUGGGGGACCCCGGCACCGCCAAGUCGCAGUUCCUCAAGUACCUGGAGAAGACAGCCCACAGAGCAGUGUAUACUACUGGCAAGGGCGCAUCAGCGGUGGGGCUGACAGCCGCAGUGCACAAGGACCCGGUGACCCGCGAGUGGACGCUGGAGGGGGGAGCUCUGGUGCUGGCGGACAGAGGCACGUGCCUCAUUGACGAGUUCGACAAGAUGAGCGAACAGGACAGGGUGUCCAUCCACGAGGCCAUGGAGCAGCAGAGCAUCAGCAUCAGCAAGGCGGGCAUUGUGACGUCCCUCGCUGCCAGAUGCUCCGUCAUUGCCGCUGCCAACCCCAUCGGGGGCAGGUACGACUCAAGCAAGACGUUUGGGCAGAACGUGGAGCUCUCGGAGCCGAUCCUCUCGCGGUUCGACUGCCUGCUCGUCAUCAAGGACCUGGUAGACCCCGUGGUGGACGAGCACUUGGCGCGCUUUGUGGUGGGCAGCCACCAGAAGUCGCACCCGGGGUUGCAGGGGCACGGGCACGGCAGCGAUGGGCAGGCGUCGGGAGAGGAAGACCCGGAUAUCAUCCCGCAGGACAUCCUGAGGAAGUACGUCACGUACGCGCGGCAGAACGUCUUCCCCCGCAUGCACGAUGCGGACUCCGACAAGAUCGCGCUCGUCUAUGCGGACCUCAGACGGCAGUCCCUGCAAGGGCAGGGCGUGCCGAUCGCGGUGCGCCACGUGGAGUCGAUGAUCCGCAUGUCAGAGGCGCACGCCCGCAUGCAUCUCCGGCCGUUCGUGACGGAUGAUGACGUGGACACGGCCAUCCGCGUGCUGCUGGAGUCCUUCAUCAGCACGCAGAAGUACGGCGUGCAGCGCGCACUUGAAAAGUCCUUCAGUCGCUACAUGUCGCACCGCCGCGACCUGCACCAGCUGCUGCUGCACCUGCUGCGGCAGCAGCUGCGGGAGGCGCUGAGGCUGCGGGACCUGGGGUGGUCCCAGCCAGGGAGGAGAGGGGGAGGGGCGGCAGGGGGCGAGGGGGAGGAGGUGGUGGAGAUGCGGGUGGAUGACCUGGAGGCCAAGGCACGUGAGUACGGCAUUGUGGACCUCAGCUCGUUCUUCUCCAGCGGCCACUUCACUGACAACCAUUUCACUCUCGAUGCGCUCAACCGCAUGGUGCUGCACCCAGUGGUCUAGAUAGAGGGGUUAUCCUGCACCCUGUGGCUAGGGAGGGCACCCUGCCCUGCACCCCGUGGCUGUGGUGUGCACCAAAUCAGAGAGAGAGAGAGAGAGAGAGAGAGAGAGAGAGAGAGAGAGAGAGAGAGAGAGAGAGAGAG